AUAUGCUUAAAUUAAAGUAAUCCUGCAACAAUAAAAUGUCGAACUCCCUACGACGUGAGGUUCUUCAGAGUUUCAAAGCUUUACACAAGACAAGACAAACUGUUUUCAAGGGCGAUACAUUUGCUCUUAAAGAAGGACGCAAGAAAAUAAAUGAAGAGUACCAAAAAUGCAAAAAUGUUGAGAAUACAGGCUCGAUUGAAGAAUUAGUCAACUAUGCAAGAGCUGUGGAACAUGAGCUUAGAACCUGCGUGAUUCAAGCGAGAGAAGUUGAACCAGGAUUUUAUCAAGCCGAAAUCAGAAGUGAUACAGUCAAACUUGAUAACACGCCUUUCAAUGAAGCGGCUUGUCUCAACUCAGAAAAAAAGAAGACAUCGCCAGGAAGUAGAUGUUCUAGUUAAAGAUAAAGCUUUAGUUGUGGUGAAUGAAUAAGUUGUUAUUUAUUGAAUUAUUUAUUAGAUGAAAAGCUUCACAGUUAGUCAAUAAAAUGUAAAACAAA